CGCCCCGCUCUCCCGAGCUCCCAGACGGCAGCCAGAUCCCGGCCGGCUCCCGCGGCGCCCAGCCAGGUUCCUGGGGGGGAGGGGGCGGAACCCCCUCCUCCCGGCCCGCCCCACCUCGCUCCCGGCCGUGGCCACCCGGGCCCAUCGCGGGGACGUGGCCGAGGUGGCGACAGCGCUGCCGGCGCCGUGGGGGCCGCGCCGGUCUUGGCCCCGACGGCGCCCCGAGGACCCGCGAGCGCCGUUCCGGGCCGAUGUCCCAGGUGAGCGACCGGCGCCUCUCUCUCUGCGACGCGCCCCAUGGAGCCCCCAGCGCAGCCCCUGACCCAGCCCAGACGCUGUCCCUCCUGCCUGGGCUGGAGGUAGUAACAGGAUCUGCUCACCCGGUGGAGGCAGCGCCAGAGGAGGGGUCCCUGGAGGAGGCAGCACCCCCUAUGCCCCAAGACAAUGGCCCUGGGGACCCUCCGGCCCUGGACAGCACUGACCUCGAUGUCCCCACAGAAGCUGUGACAUGCCAGCCUCAGGGGAACCCCUUGGGCUGCACCCCACUACUGCCUAAUGGCUCUGGCCACUCCUCGGAGCUGGGCGGCGCUAGGCGGGCGGGGAAUGGUGCCCUGGGUGGCCCCAAGACCCAUCGGAAGUUGCAGACGCACCCAUCUCUGGCCAGCCAGGGCAGCAAGAAGAGCAAGGGCAGCAGCAGACCGGCCGCCUCCCAGAUCCCCCUCCAGGCACAGGAAGACUGCUGCGUCCACUGCAUCCUGUCCUGCCUGUUCUGCGAGUUCCUGACGCUGUGCAACAUUGUCCUGGACUGCGCCACGUGCGGCUCCUGCAGCUCCGAGGACUCGUGCCUCUGCUGCUGCUGCUGCGGCUCCGGGGAGUGCGCCGACUGCGACCUGCCCUGCGACCUGGACUGCGGCAUCCUGGACGCCUGCUGCGAGUCCGCCGACUGCCUGGAGAUCUGCAUGGAGUGCUGCGGGCUCUGCUUCUCCUCCUGACCCGCACAAGCUCCAGCAGCCACCUCCCCACGCCCGCUUCCCCUCCCACCCACCCACCCACCCAGGGCCCCCGCGCAGGACCCCAGUCCCGGUGAGAACGGUGGGGGGUGGGGGUGGGGAAGUGCUCCGAGAGGCCCGGCCCACACAGCAGAGAAGCCCAGCAGCCUGGCCGGGUCACCAGGGCCAGAAGGACCUGGUGGGGUGGGUGGGAGGGGGUGUGACGAUCUGGGACCAGCCGCCAGGGCUGCAGAACACUGUGAAAGUUAGGGGGCGCCGAGAAGCGGAGAGGUGUGCACCGUCUCUACUGCUCCCCGGCUCCCGGCUGCUGCCCCAGGCUUGGAGGAGAGCAAAAUGUGAAGAGACACCCACCCACCCAGCCCUCAGAAAGGGCCCUCCCCGCCUCCUCUCCUGGGCUCCUGCAGGGGCCUAGCCCAUGCAGUGAGCAGAGGCCAGGGCUGGGCACAGGCUGGGCUGGGCUGGGCUGGGGCGGGAGGGGGGACACUAGGGGAAUGACUGGAAGGGGGAGGGGGGAGUGGGAGGGUCUGUAAAUAAAGAUUGUCAUCUCAGAUUCCUCCAGGAGUCACGGGAAAUCAUCAGGGACCACCCCUCUCUCUCAGAGCAGACACUCCCGAAGGGCACCCCAAGAGCCAAGACCUCCCACUGGGGUCCCUUCUGCAGCUUUCCCUACCCCAGAGAGCAGCACCGCCCUGCUCUGCCCAGUCUGCUCUCCCCAAGGGAAGGUACAGGGUACCUGCUCCCGGACACUCUUGUUCCACCAAAGGGAGGGGAGCCCAGAGAGCGAAGAGUUAACCCUGGCUUGGAAUUAAUUAACAACAGAUGUGCUCAGGUUUCGAUUAA